UUUAUUUAUAAAAUCAUUUGUUUAUAAAAUUUUGUGACAUUAACAAUUUUUGUUGUGGGAAAAUUCCUCUGUGGGAAAUUAAUAUACAUCGAAUUAUGAGAAAGGCCCUUUUCAAUAAAUUGCACCAGUCAUGACUACUUUGCAUCAGGAAAUCGUCGUCCCAAAGCCUGAACAUGAGGCACAGGAAGUCGGCGGGAGCAGCCAGGAGAGCUUCAACGAAACGACAAAAGAACUCUUUCGUCGCGAGUCCCCCGUAAAAGAGCUCUCCCCUCCCCCCGUCGAACCGACCCCGAAGAGCACACCCACCUACAAACCCACCAGACCUGUCAAAGCCCCCCUUGCAAAAAAAGAAAGCGCGACCAAAAAAAAAUCCAACUCCGGGAUCCCUCUACGACUUAAAUCCGGGUCUAACACGAUGAACAAACCGGCGGCGAAAACCGGAACUUACCGCCAUUCCCAACCCAUGGGCCCUAUCAUCAACAAGAACACUCUGGAAGUCCAAUUUAUGAACAACAAGAAGCGACUUUUACAACUCCACACCGAACUUGUGGAGAAGCAAAGGCCGCUCUUGGAGAUGCAUAAAUCGCUCUUGAGGACGAAGAAACAGCUCGAGGAGUUGGGCAAAAAGGUGGUGCUCGAGGAUAUUAAAAUAGUGUCUCUGAAGACGGACGAUGUGAACCCAAAGAAUCAAUUAGACGGUGCUGGUGAAAAUCCCGCAGCUGAAACUGCGAUGAAUUUGAAAAGUUCAAUCGAAAAUGCUUUGGAGACUUGUGUAAAAGUUUGUAAAAAAUGUUUCGUGAAACGUGAUCAAGUUGUCAAAAUGUUGGAGAGUGCGUCAAAAUCCGCAAUAGAACCGUCAGAACUCGAGGCAGAAGUUGAAGAGCUUAAAAAGGAGAGAGACGACAUGGAGCAAACUGUCGAAAGUGCUAUCAAAGAAAACGAAAAGAAAAUCGAUGAGUUGAUCAACAACUGGCAAAAAGCCGUGAAAAUGGGCAGUAUGAAUGAACAGUUGAGUAACAAAAUUGCCGAGUUGGAGGAUACCAUCAGACAGCAACAGAAGGCGAUACAAGAUGCCGAAGAUAAUCUUCACUCACUAAAUCGGAAAUUUGAAGACAAGAAAGCAACGUACGAGAAGACCAUCAGCGAAUUGCAUGAUAAAAAUAAUAAACUUGAGGAAGAAAUGAAGAAAGAAAAAAAAAGUGCUAACGACAACUUGAUGAAAAGCAGAAGUAUGCGUAGCAAAGUCGCCGAGUUGGAAAGUCGUACCAAAGAAGCCGAAGAGAAGCACAAUGAAGUGUCCAACAAACUUAAGCAAUUGCAGGAUCAAAUGAGGCGGAAAGAAAUUCAAUGGAUGAAAGAAAAAGAUGAGCUGAAGAAAAACGAAGUACUCCUCCAACAAAAGUUUUGUGAGAAACAAUCUCAAUUCGAUACAAGGCUGAAAGACAUGGAGAAAAUGCAGAAAGAUACGGAACAACAGCAGCAAAAUUACUAUCGGAAUUUUGAAACUCAACUCGAAAUCAAAGACCAAGAAUUCGUGCUUCUUGAAAAAGAAAAGGAAGAGUUGGCGGAGAAAAGUCGGAUUUUGGAGGAUCAAUUAGAAGAAUUGAAAAAACAGCUUGAGUUAAAAGAGCGAGAAAUUGACCAGUUGAGUGUAAAAGCAGAUCCCAUGGCGGCCCUCGAGUACAGCAGUGAAAGCCAAUUGAUGGAAUUAAUGGAAUGCAAACGUAAAAUCGCGGAAGUGCAAAACACCAUUCAGCAACAAAACGACCAAAUUAAUAAAAUGCAAAGCUCGCUCAAAGCUCAUGCAAAACUGGCGGCUGCACUCAAACUGGAGAAAGACAAUGCAAUCAAAUACUCGAAUAAAUUAAGAGAAGUGUUGCAGGAGGCGCACGACGAGAUCGAGUACAAAAACAAGACCAUUUACAAAAUCCACGAGAAAUUGGUCCUGAAAGAUCGGGAUUAUGACAAGUUGAAGGAGCAGUUGAAGGAAUUGGAGACGUUUUCGGAGCAAUACGGCGGCGACAAGUGGAACAACAGAAACAGGUGCCAGAUCUGCAUGACAUCUCUCAGUGGAGAAAAGGAAAAUUCAUCAUACGUCGAAAGCGAAGUGGGUAAACGUAGUGCUAGAUUCCCGCAAUACGUGUCUGAAUCGUUGAUUGGCAUGUCUGUGAAAAAAGUUGAUCAUCUCCGGGCACGGCUCGACAAUUUGAAGAAAAUGAAACUUCCGAGUAAUUCAGGGAAAAAGCAUCUCAACGUCAAAUAUUCGUUCACGGCAAGAGACGCGAAACCGAUUAGCAAUCGGCUUCAAAAACAAAUCGAGUUGAGGGGGAAAUUGUAUCAAAUUUUGCAAAAACAUGCCGAUCAAUCUUGUGAGGACUUCAUAAAUUUGUUAAAGUUGACGGUGUCAAAUGCGGAAAAAACUACCGAAGAAUUAAAACCUUCAAACAUUAGAGACAUUGAGGAAACGCUCCAAAAUGUCCCGCGAGAUUUUUCAAAUAUUAAAAUAACCGAUUCGUAUAGUGGCAUUUCGCAGUAUCUCGAAGCGGCCCCACUUAAUGAAUUUUACGGAAAAUUUGGUACUCCUACCUACUCAGACACUGACGACAUGAUUUGCUAGUUUCCUUUUAUUGUUAGUUAAAGAAAGGUUUGAAGGAUUUAAUUCUGUCAUUUGUGAUGGUUUAGUACAAGUGUUUUUUUGUAUUUCAGAGCGAAAAUUAAAUUCAUCAGGCCUUUCUCAUCCAUCAAUGAACAAACCCAAAAAUGUACAAUAACAAGGAACAAUAAUAAAAGAUGCUAUGUAUAAAAAAAA